AUGCAGAGAAUUAACAUCAGCCUAUGUGGAAAAUGCUGCAUACCCAGAAUUCCAAGCGAAGCACUUUGUCAGGCGGAUACCAUGCAAAUUUAUAAUCAGCAAUUGCAAAUACUGCGAGCCAUUUAUAUGUGCGCUCAUUUGGCAGUUGAUGUUGGUCAAUUUUCUCAUUUGCAUUGCAAAUAUUGCGCAUUUCAACCACCCAAGAACCAGCUCUUACUGAACACACUUUCAAGCAUUUCCUGCAGAAUGGAUCUCUUUCCCUGCAUGAUUGCGCUCGCAUCUGGCGGAGUAUCAACAAAUAUUCCUAUUCCUGGCGACAAUUUCUCUAUUGCCAAGAGGCUCGCUACGUCUUUUCUGGAUGGCAGCCCUCCUGCUGUCUCCACAGAAAUUGAACUUAUCGCGCUCUUUUUGGAGUACUGUAGCCCCCGCAAUCCCGAUGUGGCUGUUGCCGUGUUCCUUCACAUCCACCAAGGAUUCUGUGCCGAUGAGAACAUCCAUGUGGUUGUCCAGCGGCUGAAUCUAUCUGCUGAGCAAGCGGGCACUGUCCUGAAAGGGUAUUACUCGGUCUGGAACAUCCUUGAGGUGCGUCAGUUGGUGCCCGAGGUCCCUGCUCCUGCCAUCUUUUCUGACUCUAACACCAGGCUUGCUGCCAUGUUUGGUAGCAUUGGCGGUGCCAACAGCUAUCUUGACGAAGCAGCAUGGCUUCUCGAUGUAUACGGCCCGCUACUAUCAGAUUUUGUUGCCCAUAUGUCUGGCUUCCUCAAGCGCGUAUCUUCCGACCCAAUGUUUGCAAAGGCCUAUUCAUGCCCCCUGGAUAUUGCUGGCUGGCUUGCUUCUCCCGAUACAGUGCCUGGCGCCAGGUAUUUGCUGACUGCACCAGUUAUUUCCCCCAUGCUAGGACUAAUUCAGGCUAUGCAUGUGGUUGUCUUGUACAAGACGCUCAAUAUGAGCCCUGGCGACCUUGUCUCACGCUUUAAUGUUGCAAUCGGACACAGCCAGGGUCUAACCAUGGCUGCUGCCUUUGCUUCUGUGACUGACGAGGCAUCAUUCUAUGCUGUUACUGAACGUAUGCUCAGUAUUUCCCUUGCGAUAGCAGUUAUUGGCCAACUGAAUUUUUCACCAGAUGCCUCAUAUGGGGACAAAUCAGAAUGUUCGUUACCCACUGGCAACUUGUCCGUGCCGAUGAUCUCUAUUCGUGGUCUGACCAAGGAUAUGUUGGAGCCAUUCGUUGCUGCGUUUAAUGCAAACUGCAUGGUCGAGGAUUCGAAACACACUGCCCUGCCGACAGAGGAUCAGUCGCGCGUUCAAUUUUCCCUACGCAAACCAGCUGCAAUCGUUCUUCCGCUCAACAUGACGCUUCCAACUCACUGCGCUAUAAUGGCAGAUGUUGUGCCGAAGGUGUAUGAGGUUGUCACCGCAAAGGGGUGGGUCCUCAACGCUGACACUCUUCGUAUUCGAGUAAACGCUGGUAUGGAUGGUCACGAUCUUCGUGAUGAAGUAGACCUUACUAAGUACUUGAUUGGCAGUGUGUUUCUCUAUCAUGUCAACUGGCCUGCAGCUGUCAACAGCACCGAUGCCACACACAUCGUCGACUUCAGUCCUGGCAGGUUCAGUGCUUUUGGGAAAUACACUAGGGACAUCUUGGAUGGCUACGGAAAAACUGUUAUCAGCACCAGUGCACUUAUUUCUGACACCCAGUCACGCAUGGGAUCCAAGGCUGAUUUGUUCAAGCAGAAUAUUUCCGAUGUCUUCUCAGCGCCAAACUGGCAGAGUGCGUUCGGUCCACGCCUUGUUCAAACCGCGCAUGAGGGUCAGCUUCAUAUUCGCACCCGCAUGUCACUCACUCUUGGACUUCCACCAGUGAUGGUUGCAGGAAUGAUCCCGACUAUGUCCAACGAGCACUUUGUCGCAGCUAUCAGCAAUGCUGGGUACCAUGUCGAGCUUGCUGGUAGUGGAAUCUACACUGAAGCGGGGUUCAGAAAAAGGGUUGAGAAUUUGGUCAACCUCCUUGAACCAGGUAGUGGAUUCGCCGUCAACACAGUCUACAUGAACAAGAAGCAGUGGACAUUCCAGUAUCCUAGUAUUCUGCGUAUGCGGCGGGAAGGAGUGCCAAUCACAGGGCUCUGUAUUGGCGCCAGUGUUCCCUCGGUUGACGUUGCUAACGGCAUAAUCGCAGAGUUGCGUGACGCGGGAAUACGCCAUGUUGCGUUCAAGCCCAGGUCAGUCGCUACAAUUCUCCAGACACUUGCGAUCGCCAGGGCAAACCCAGACUUCCCUGUCAUUAUUCCAGUGGACUGGCGGUCGUGGUAG